AUUCAAUACCAGGACAUCUAGGAGAAGGUAGUAGGGUAGGAAUUAGAAAUCUUCUCUCUACAUUAAAAAAUCUGGAAGUGCCGGAGUAGUUUUUUGCUAAGAAGCGUCAAACCUAGCUAAGCAUAUGGGUAACGAAGUGAGUAUGAAGGCGGCGGAGAUGAGUAGCGGCGACCCAUUCCUUCCAAUAGAAAUCCUCUCCGACGUUCUCAAGCGACUUCCGGUGAAAUCCCUAAUACGAUUCCAAAGCGUGUGCUCUCAUUGGAAGGAUCUCAUCAACAGCCCAUCUUUCAUCGCCAGCCAUCUCGACCACUCCGAUCGAGAAAAUCCCUCUCUCAUUUCUAGGAGACAGAACACCCUCUCCGGUACCUCGAUUCCAUAUCUUCUCGACCGCGACACGCAACUCCGCCAAGUUCCGAAAAAUCCUCUUAGCGAUUCGCUCAAGGACGUCAUUAUCUUGGGCUCCUGCAACGGCUUGCUCUGUGUUCAAACUGGGCGGUCUGGUUAUAUAAAGUAUCUUUACUUGUGGAAUCCUGCUAUUAGGGAGGUUAUGCAUGUGCCUAGAAGCAGAUCAAGCAUGGAUUCACCUUAUAUUCUUUGUUUAGGCUUUGCAUUCAGUCCAACUAUUAACGACUACAAAAUUGUCAUACCCUAUGUGACGCUGGGACUGCGGGAUGAGCUAGAAUAUGGAUUUGAAGCUUAUUCACUAACCACAAAUUCAUGGAAGCAUAUAGGAAUGGGUAGCUUAAACGCCUUAAUUGGCAUGUAUCCAUUCACUGAUUGUAUUACUUUAAAUGGGUCUAUAUUUUGGUUGGCAUCACAGAAAGAUCUGGUAUCUCAUGGGGGAGAUAAUCCUAAUGUCAUACUUUGGUUGUAUUUAGCAACGGAUGAGUUUAGAUUGAUACCACUGCCUCCUUCAUCCAAGAAUGAAAUUGCAACCCUGACUGUGUAUGAGCACAGGCUUGCCGUAUUCCAUAACUCUAGUGGUUGCACAGAAAAUAGUUUGAUCGAUUUGUGGGUGAUUGAGGAAGGCAUUGGUAUUUCUUGGAGCAAAAUAUUGAGUUGUGGCCCUUAUCCACACAUUGUAGUACCGUUGACCAUUUGGCGGAACCAGAUUAUCUGCGAUGUUUUUCCUAAACAUUCAACAGAGGGGAACGAUGACAAUGACGCUGCUGGUAGCUUUUUGUUUGAUCCCACUUCCAAUGAAGUCAAGGUCCUUUAUUCGGGCAGAGAAGGCAUUCUUCAUACUGUGUUUACAUAUGCUGAAAGCCUUGUAUCCAUUAGCAACAUCCACACUGGAAAGCAUUGAUUUCAAAGCGUAAUCAUUGUUGCAUUCUUAUAAUGCAUUGCAGAUUUACUGAUUGUAUUGACUCUUUGUAGACGAUGAUAAGUGAUAACUUAAUUGUUUGUUCCUAGUUGUAGAACAUUUAAACGCCUUUUAAAGAACGCAUUUUAUCAUAAAAAUUAAGGAGUAUUUGUUAUUUGUGUGAUUA